AUGCCAACCGAGGUGAUUGACCUGCUAUCCUCGAGUCCGCUUGCCUCACCCCGUGCAUUCGCUGGCAUCUCUGCCCAUAAUUACGGUGAUCUUGAACAAUCAACGGCAUCAUCAGACAAGAAAGCCGGGAAGCUGCCAGACCGGAUUCCUGAUAGACCAGCUACCACUUUGAGGAAGACCGGUGGUACAGAGCGCUUCCGUCAAGAUGACGAUGCUCUCUUCUUAUCGGAUGAUCUCGACUCGCUCGGAGACGAAGACGACGGCAUCGUAGAGAAAACACGCGCUCCCGCCGCCGCAACCGGUAGUAAGGAGCGGGUUCACGGCUUCAAGAGGGCAAAAUCUGAUGUUAUGAGCUCCAAGGCCACCGGAUCUCUCCCGCGGACUGGCCUAAAGCGAUGGAGUUCGGUACUUGAUCCGAUCGAAACCAGCAGUUCUCCCAACAGACCUAUCGCCACCAAGCGCCAGAAAACCACCACGAAUAAUGACGUGGCGGAUCCGUUUAAUAGCCCACCAAAAAGGACUACACAUACCAAGUCCUGCCGGGUCAAUUUGUCAAGCGACCCGUUCAAAAGCUCGCCGGAACGAGACGCUGAUAGCCAUAGACCAUCUGCAGUCUCUCGGCCACGUGAACCAAUAUCCGAUGACCCAUUCCAGUCUCCGGUCGAACCGUCCGGGGAUGCGAAGACCAAGUCAUCGGUGUUGAUAAUCCUCUCCGAUGACAUAGUCGAAGACUCGCCGGGGGGGCACCUGGCAACGAAGUCGAGACGGGACGGAGCCUGGGAUCCGAUAUCGAGCUCGAUGCCGGAGAGGAGCGGCCGCAAUAAGGCAGUCUCGCUCGCGGGCUCCGACGCCGACUCCGAGGACCUGCCGGACUUGUGCGACAUCGACUUCUCCCAGAUUAAGCCCAGGCGGCGCUCCCUCAGCCUGUCGUUCUCACCGCCCCGGAGGAAGGCUGAGGCGGCGAGGAGCACAACAACAGCCAGGAAGCCGCCGCCGGCGGAGCCCAGGACGGCCCAGGAGAAGGAGGCCGAGAGGCGCAAGAAGGCGGCGGCGCGGGAGGCGGACAAGGAGCGCAAGCGGGUAGAGAAGGAGCAGGCGAAGGCGCAGCGGGCGGCCGAGCACGAGCGCGAGAAGGCGCUGGCGGAGGUGAACAAGCUGCGGACGGACAAGAAGGUGUCGGCGACGGAGAUGAUCGCGGACCUGCCGACGAGCCUGGGCGCGGGGCUGCGCGCGCAGAUCGAGAAGCUGCUGGGCGACCUCGGCGUGCAGUGCGCGGCGUGGGACAGCCCCGUGGCCAACGUGAUCAAGUGGCGGCGCAAGGUGGCGUCGGCGUACAACGAGGCGCUGGGCCACUGGGAGCCGGCGCCGGCGCACGUGCGUGACGACGAGGAGCACGUCCUGGUGGUCGUGGCGGCCGACGAGUUCGUCGAGCUCGUCCUCGGGCCCGCGGGCCGCGACCUCGACGCCCACGUGUGCCGCGUGAAGGCCGGGUCCCCGGGCCGCACGCCCAUCUACCUCAUCGAGGGCCUCGGGCCGUGGAUGCGCAAGAACAAGAACCUCCUCAACCGGCAGUUCGCGUCGGCGGUGCGGGGCCUCGACGACGCUCCCCCCUCCUCCUCCUCCGCGCCGCAGCAGCAGCAGCCCUCCUCCCGCCGCCGCAGAGGCGCCCGCGCCCCGCCGCAGCAGCACUACGUCGACGAGGACAUGAUUGAGGACGCGCUGCUUGCGCUGCAGGUCGAGCACGGCGCGCUGAUCCAUCACACGGCGGCGGGUGCGGACACGGCGUCGUGGGUGGCGUCGUUCACGCAGCACGUCAGCACGGUGCCGUACCGGCGGGCGCGCGAGGCGGCCGGGCGAGACGCCGGCUUCUGCAUGGCCGCGGGGCAGGUGCGCGGCGGCGCCGACGCGCGCGACACGUACGUCCGCGCGUUGGGCGAGAUCGCGCGCGUCGCCGCGCCCGCCGCCCACGGCGUCGCCGCCGCCUACCCCUCCCUGCCCCAGCUCGUGCGCGGCCUCGAGGCCCGUGGCCCCCUCGCCCUCGAGGCCUGCCGCCGCGCCGCCGGGCCCGGCGCCGCUGCCGGCUUCACGGACCGCACGCUCGGCCCCGCCCUGAGCCGCCGGCUGUAUAAGAUCUUUACGGGAACCGAUCCGGCCAGUCUGGACGUGUGAGGGAGACGCGGGGAAGGCGAGAUACAAUAGCGAGCAAAGGGGGCUUGGGUAUGCAUGUGUUUGAGGUGUACAUAGGUAUGAUACAGUCGCUUGGUCUCUGGAUGUGUGAUAUGCUAUGAUGCCUUCUGCGCUCGCUACCUGCGUCUACAAGUGGUCGAGAUAUCGAAAUCUCGGCAACGGUAAAAUAUCACCGUAGCCUUUGGCCUGCGACCCUUCUGGGCGAUGAGGACAAUACCUGAUAGCACGCCAAACAUGUACCUACAUAGAAUAGAUGUUUACUCUCGAUCCCGCUACCUGUUACUAAUAAGCUAACCUUUAGUUUGUAUCAACAUUGUGUUGUCGUAUUGUUGUCGCGCACGAAGGUCAAAGUCGAGACGUGAUGGAAAAGUGCGCGAUGCGCGGGGUAUUCAUGAUGAACCAGCUAGUGGGGUUUGUUGGCUCGGCGGUAAGGC